ACUGCCGUUGCAGUGUUGCACGCCGGCCGACAGAACACUCAUCCAACGAAAUUGCAUCCGCAAGUGAAGCUGUUGAAAGCGCUACCCCACCUGCGCAGCGCCACCUCAGCCGUGAGAAGUCCGUUAGCGAGAAAAACGUGGAGCGAGCACAUUGCCACGAAAGUGUUUUUUGGCACCACCACCACAAAAGCUUCCUCCGCCGCCGCACCACCGCCCACUCAGCCGCAAUCCUCGCCUUCAGCGCCACCCACGACCUGGGGCACCAAGAAGCAGCAUAGAAAGGUCAAGCUAAGAUCCGCAGCUGCCGAGUUCAUCAUGUCGAAUUCGGAGAUUGAGGCCCAGCUGGCUCCUCUGCGGGAGCGGGUCCAGGAGCAGGGCAACCUGGUGCGGGACCUCAAGGCCAAGGGAGCCCCCGAAUUGGACGUGAAGAAGGCCGUGGCCGAGCUGAAGGCCCGCAAGAAGCUGCUGGAGGACAAGGAGCUCGCCCUGACCCCCAGCGUCGUGAGCUUCGAUCGCGCCAAGAUGGAGGAUCUCCUCAAGCGCCGCUUCUUCUAUGACCAGAGUUUCGCCAUCUAUGGCGGCAUCACCGGCCAGUACGACUUCGGACCCAUGGGCUGUGCCCUCAAGUCCAACAUCCUGGCCCUGUGGCGUCAGUACUUCGCUCUCGAGGAGCAAAUGCUGGAGGUGGACUGCUCCAUUCUCACCCCGGAACCUGUGCUGAAGGCCUCUGGUCAUGUGGAGCGAUUUGCCGACCUGAUGGUCAAGGAUGUCAAGACCGGCGAGUGCUUCCGCCUGGAUCAUCUCAUCAAGCAGGCUCUGGAGAAGCUGUCCAAGGCCAAGGAGGCCACUCCUGCCCUGCAGGCCGAGUGCGAGGAGAUCAUCAUCAAGCUGGAUGGCCUGAACAAGCAGGAACUGGCUGAUGUGCUGGCCAAGUACAACAUCAAAUCUCCGCUAACCGGCAAUGAUUUGACCGAACCCAUUGAGUUCAACCUGAUGUUUGCCACCCAAAUCGGACCCACUGGCCUGGUGAAGGGUUUCCUGCGGCCGGAAACUGCCCAGGGCAUCUUUGUGAACUUCAAGCGGCUAUUGGAGUUCAACCAGGGCAAGCUGCCCUUCGCGGUGGCCCAGAUUGGCAACUCCUUCCGCAACGAAAUCUCACCCAGAUCCGGAUUGAUUCGAGUGCGCGAGUUCACCAUGGCCGAGAUCGAGCACUUCUGCGAUCCCGUGCUCAAGGAUCAUCCCAAAUUCGGCAAUGUCAAGUCGGAGAAGAUGACCCUUUACUCGGCCUGCAAUCAGAUGGAUGGCAAGUCUGCCUCUCAGGUGGAAAUUGGCGAGGCUGUGGCCACUAAGCUGGUGGCCAACGAGACACUCGGCUAUUACAUGGCCCGCAUCCAGCAGUUCCUCCUGGCCAUCGGCAUCAAGGCGGAGUGCCUGCGCUUCCGCCAGCACAUGUCCAAUGAGAUGGCUCACUACGCCUGCGAUUGCUGGGAUGCCGAGAUCCUCACCUCCUACGGUUGGGUGGAGUGCGUGGGCUGUGCCGAUCGCAGUGCCUACGAUUUGGGUCAGCAUACGGCGGCCACUGGAGUGCGUUUGGUGGCCGAGAAGCGGUUGCCGGUUCCCAAAACCGUGGAGGUCAGCGAGAUUGUGCCCAACAAGCAGGCUUUGGGCAAGACCUUCAAGAAGGAGGCCAAGAACAUUACGGAUGCCUUGGCCAAGCUGUCGCUGGAGGAGAUUACCAAGGUGGAGGAACAGUUGGCCGGCGAUGGUCAGUACAAGCUGACCACAGCCGAUGGCCAGAGCCACGAGCUCGGCAAGGACACCAUCAGUGUGAAGCACUCUUCGAAAACGGUCCAUGUGGAGGAGUUCAUCCCGAGCGUGGUGGAACCGUCCUUCGGCAUUGGUCGCAUCAUGUACUCCCUGCUGGAGCAUAGCUUCCAGUGUCGCGAUGGCGACGAGCAGAGAUGCUACUUCACGCUGCCUCCCCUGGUGGCGCCCAUCAAGUGCUCCAUCCUCCCGCUGUCCAACAAUACCGACUUCCAGCCCUACACCCAGAAACUUUCUUCGGCCCUGACCAAGGCGGAACUGUCGCACAAGGUGGACGACUCCAGCGGCUCCAUUGGCAGGCGGUACGCCCGCACGGAUGAGAUUGCCAUUCCCUACGGCAUAACCGUCGAUUUCGACACUCUGAAGGAGCCGCACACGGUGACUUUGAGGGAUCGGAACACCAUGAAGCAGGUGCGCGUCGGUCUGGAGGAGGUGGUGGGCGUGGUCAAGGACCUGUCCACGGCGCGAACCACCUGGGAGAAGGUCACCGAGCAGUAUCCUCUGUUCGAGCAGCAGGAGGCCAGCAGCAAGUAACCGGAUCGUCGACGAGUUUCUCACCCUUGACACGCAUUUACAGAGUCGAAACGUUUUCUAUUUCUUUUAUACCUACGCUUAAAGUUCAAUAAACAGGCAACAUUUAAUGCAUCGCAGGCUGAAA